AUGUUGAUAUUGUUUGUGCGCCACCAACUGUGUGGCUCCGUGAGUUUAUUACAUCAAAGCCGAAAUGUGCUCGAAGCUGGACAAAAUUGUAAUAAAAAAGAUAGCGGUGCUUUUAGCAGAGAAACCAGUCCACAAAUGUUAGAAGAAUUGAAAUGUCAGUGGGUCAUUUUAGGACAUUCUGAACGUCGUACAAUUUUCAAAGAACCUGAUAAUGAGAUUGCAGAAAAAACACAGUAUAUUUUGAAAAACACAAAACUUAAUGUUAUUUUUUUAAUAGACGAUUUAUUUCUUGAAUCAUUUGAAAUAAAUGAUGUUAAACCAUUGAAGGGUGAUCAUUUGUCUCGAGGAAUGGGUCGCAUAGCUGGUAAAAAUGGCCGAACAAAAUUUUCAAUUGAGAAUGCUACAUGA